AUGCUAUUCUUUUCUUUCUUUAAGACCUUGGUCGACCAAGAAGUCGUUGUUCAAUUAAAAAACGAUAUCGAAUUGAAAGGUACGUUACAAUCAGUUGAUCAAUUCUUAAAUUUAAAAUUGGAUAAUAUUUCAUGUACAGAUGAAGAAAAAUAUCCACAUUUGGUUUCAGUAAGGAAUAUUUUCAUUAGGGGUUCAACGGUAAGAUACGUUUACUUAAACAAAAAUAUGGUGGAUACUAAUUUAUUACAGGAUGCUACUAGAAGAGAAGCCAUGAGUGAAAGAAAGUAA